UUCAACUUUCUCCACUAUAAUUCCAUUGUCGUUACCUUUUCUCUCCUGACUGUUACCUGUAAAGAAGAGUUAAGGAUCAAUGUCAAAAACUCGACUUUCUCUCUCUCUGCUUCCUCUAUUUGAGUAAAUAUAGCUACCCCUUUUAGCGAAAUCUAUCGUUUUCUUUUAAUAAUAUCGCUUUCUCUCGAUCUGUGAGUUGGUAGUGAAGAAACCGACUUUCGCUACGAGAAGGAACAAAAAAAAAGGAAACAAAUAGUCCGAGUUUCUUUAUUGGGUCUUCUGAGUUUCGUUUAGUUCAGCCAUGGAAGCCAUUAGAAAGCAAGCAGCAAAGCUCAGAGAGCAAGUCGCGAGGCAACAGCAAGCGGUUUUGAAGCAUUUAGGGCAUGUUAAUGCGGAUGCAGUUAUUGUUGAUGAAGAAGAGCUUCAUUGUCAUCAGAAACUUCAAGAUCUAUAUAGCUCUACUAAGGCUGCAAAGCGUUUGCAAAGGAAUAUCGUUCGUGGACUCGAAGGUUUCAUUGCGACAGGCACGAAAGUUGUAGAGAUAGGGUUGAAGUUUGCUGAAGAUUUUAAGAAAUAUGGAGACGAGAAUCCAGAUGCUAAUACUCCUCUCUCGAGAAUUGCGCAUCACUUUGGGACCUCUUACAAGUCCGUGGAAGAUGAGAGGGAAACUCUUCUUGGAACUCUUAGUGAGCAGGUUUGUGAGCCAAUUCGUACAAUGAUAUAUAGUGCGCCUUUGGAGGAUGCUAGGCAUUUGGUGAAUCACUAUGACAGGCUGAGACAAGAAGUCGAAGCACAGGCAACUGAUGUACUGAGGAGAAGAUCAAAAUUGAAGGAAUCUGAUGUGUCUGAAGAAACCUACAUGAAGUUUAAGAAUUCUGAAUCGAGAUUGGCUGAGCUCAAAUCAAGUAUGAAAACCCUUGGCAAAGAAGCUACUAAGGCCAUGUUAGAAGUCGACAAUCAGCAGCAGAAGAUAACUUAUCAACGCCUCCGUGCUCUGGUUGAAGCUGAGAGGUCAUAUCAUCGUAAUGCUCUUGAUAUCCUUGAUAAGCUACAUUCUGAGAUGAUUGCUGAGGAAGAAGCUAUAGAAUCAUCACCAAAGUCCCUACCUUUACAUCUAGAGGCUGGUGUUUCUCAUCCCCAAGAAGAGACGAAUUCAAGUCCGCGUGCAGAGAUCAAAUCAAAUCACCGAGAAGAAAUCAAGCCUAGUCCCCAAGAAGUAACCAAAUCAAAUCCCAAUGACAAAAUGAAGUCUAGUACCCAGGAAGUUACCAACUCCAUUCCUCAGAAAGAUAUAAAGUCUAGUCCACAGAAAGAUGUCGAAAAGUCUAAUGGAUCUGAUGAUCAUCACAAUCAUCAACUUCUCACCCAAAAUGAAUCCUACUUUCUUGCAAAGGUUGUGCACCCGUUUGACGCUCAAGCCCAAGGGGAACUGAGUCUCGCGGUUGAUGAUUAUGUAAUAGUGCGACAGGUGGCUGGGACAGGCUGGUCGGAAGGAGAAUACAAGGGCAAAGCCGGAUGGUUUCCGUCUGCUUAUGUGGAGAAACAAGAGAAAGCUCCUGCGAGCAAAAUCGUGGAAGCAAACCUGGAGCAACAAUGAUCUCUUUCUUUAACGUAUAACAUAUAUAUACAUACAUAAGUAUGAUAUGUUUCCACGAGUAAAUAUGAUCUGUGUAAGAGAUAUCACUGUGUUGUUUUUCUUCCUUCUUCUUAUGUCUCGUCAUAGUCUACUCUUGAGUCGAUCUCUGCACACCUGUGUGUGAAAAUCCUGUUGUAUCUUUUGUUUGAUGGGUCCUCUACUCUCUUCUGUAACUUGACUCUGAAAAUGUUAAUGAUCUUCCUUCUCAGUUCA